UACCCCCUGCACCCCGAGCUCCCUCUCCUUCCCCACCCCUCCAGCGUCCCCCAGCCCAGCUGCCGGCCCCCAGAGUCCACGGCUGCUGCCAGAGCGAUGCUGCUGCUGGCGGCCGCCUUCAUCGUAGCGUUCGUGCUGCUGCUCUACAUGGUCUCUCCGCUCAUCAGUCCUAAGCCCCUCGCCCUGCCCGGGGCCCAUGUAGUGGUUACUGGAGGUUCCAGUGGCAUUGGAAAAUGUAUUGCAAUUGAGUGUUAUAAGCAAGGAGCAUUCAUAACUCUGGUUGCAAGAAAUGAGAACAAGUUGCUCCAGGCAAAGAAAGAAAUUGAAAAACACUCUAUUAAUGAUAAACAGGUCGUGCUUUGUAUCUCAGUCGAUGUAUCUCAAGAUUAUGGACAAGUGGAAAAUGUCAUUAAACAAGCACAAGAGAAGCUGGGCCCUGUUGACAUGCUUGUAAACUGUGCUGGGACAUCAGUUUCAGGAAAAUUUGAAGAUCUUGAAAUAAAUUAUUUUGAGAGAUUAAUGAAUAUAAAUUAUUUGGGCAGCGUAUACCCCAGCCGCGCAGUGAUAACCACCAUGAAAGAAAGAAGGAUGGGCAGAAUUGUCUUUGUAUCCUCCCAGGCUGGACAAUUAGGGUUAUUUGGCUUUACUGCGUACUCAUCGUCUAAGUUUGCUCUUCGAGGAUUAGCUGAAGCUCUGCAAAUGGAGGUGAAGCCAUAUAACAUCUAUAUAACAAUUGCAUAUCCACCAGAUACAGACACCCCAGGUUUUGCAGAAGAAAAGAAAACAAAGCCUUUAGAGACUCAACUUAUUUCAGAGACCUCAUCACUUUGCAAACCAGAACAGGUGGCAAAACAAAUUGUCAAAGAUGCCACACAAGGAAAUUUUAAUAGUUCCAUUGGCUCAGAUGGCUACAUGCUAUCAUCACUGACCUGUGGAAUGUCACCAGUAACUUCUAUUACAGAAGGUCUUCAGCAGAUCGUUACCAUGGGUCUUUUUCGAACCAUUGCUUUAUUCUACCUUGGAAGUUUCGAUAGCAUCAUCCGACGAUGUAUGAUCCAGAGGGCAAAAUCUGAAACUGUGGACAAAACGGCUUGAUCAUGAUUCUGAAAAACAGAGAAUGGUUUUUCAACAAUUUGGACAACGUGCUGCUAACUGGGAUCUGACCUAUAGACUCUUGUGCAAGUGGGUGGGAUGCAUGUUUGAAAAGCUCUUUCUUCUUCAGGAACCUGGAUGAGAGCAAGAAGACAACAAUACAAUUCUGGGAAAUAUUAAUACUAUGCAAAUAUAAGGGUGAAGACUGAUUCUCUAGGUUCUGAGAUAGAGAGAUGAUGGUGUGGGAAAUGACAGACUGCAAGAAAUGGGAAGAAAUAGGACUUUGGACUGGGUUACUUGCUGGUAAUUCAGAAUAACAACAUUUAUUUCUUUUCUCUUAUUCCUUCCCCUUCCCCUACUCCUGGUGGUAAUAGAGACCAAAAAUGAAUUUUGUGGCAUAUAAAGUCAUGAAGAUUUUUUUUUAAUUGUUUAGGUCUCAACUAAUUUCUAGGAUGGUUUUCAAAACUCAGCUUCCUUGAUUCCUGACGAUUUUUCCCAUUGUCAGUAGGUUUAAACACCUCUCUUUGUCACUUUUACAAUAUAGCCAUCAUGCUUCUAUUUGCUCCUGAUGAGAAAAUGUUAAAUGCAGCACUAUCUCUUGAUGAUCCCAAAUGGAAGCAAAUCAUGCUAUAUUAGCAUAGCUACAAAAUGGGAGAAAGAGGAGCUGGGGAAAGGGGGUGAGCAGGGUAGUGCCACAGGGCGUAACAUAGAAAGACAAAUAUUUCAUAGACAGAGUUUUUAAAAGUUCCUCUCCAAGUUAAAAUGCUUGGGAAAUUUCCCUCUACUAACCUAUGGUGAAAAGGCAGUCUUCUAAAAUGUUUUUUUGAAGAAAAAAAUAAAAUUUUAGAAACAUCAUUGUUUACAAUAUCUUAAAUAGCCAUAACCUGAAAUUCCUAUGUUCCAUUUUAUCCUAUUCAUUUCCUUUUCUCUUCACUUUACCCAAGAUAUUUACUAUAAUAGUUACAUAAAAAACAAAUUAAAUUUAAUAGAGAAUUUGUGUUGAUUAAAACAAGUUUGGGAUUCAUCCAGUGGCAUAUAUUUAACUUUCAUAAAGGCUGAAGUUUGAAUAGAUAAAUUUUGUUCCUUAGAAUACCAUUCAUUGAUUGAGAAGAGGCCCAUGAUUUGCCAUAUAUCUGUUCAAACCAGACAAAACAGAAAACCAAUGCCACACUUUUCUAAAAAUUGAUUUGGACAACCCACACUUAACUAAGAGAGAACCUUACCUUUGCACCAUAUGUUAAUGAUGCUUACAUAACCUACCUUAGCAAUUUUUUUAAAGCUAUUAUCUCCAAGAACUCCCUUGCUCCCCGGAAUGCUGUUUCCAAUGAGCAGGACCAUUGUUUAUUUAAUGGACUUCCAUAGUAAGUGCCUAUGAUGAGCUUUAGCUGCUGCUUGUUUCAUACUGGCCAUUAUUAGCUCUUCUCAGUUGGAGGGCUCUUGUUUGCAUUUUCAUCCUAAAGUCUUCUCCUAGGUACAUUUGUUGUAGUGAGGCCAUUUGGAUUCACUUUUAUGGAAAUAAGCCUCUUCUUGUGGUCACAUAGAAAGGAUUUUGUAAAAUAAAAAAAAAAAUUAAAAAAAAUAAAAACCCAUAUAUGUAUAUGUAUAUAGAUAUACAUAUAUACUUGUAGCAAAACUGAGGAGGGGAUUAAAUAUAUUACUUUUGAUCUUUGGAACUUCUUGAUUUAAUUUUAAAAUAAAAUGGUGUGGAAUGCCUUUAAUCCAUAAUAGCUUGAUAUAAGUUGCUUGCAAUGACUUCAUAACGUUAGGUGAGAAUAAUACUUUCUUAGUCAUGGCAUCCAGGAUAGUCUACAGAUAUGACUUAUAGACCAAGCAAAGUUAUAUGUGACAGAAGAUCUGCUGAAGUGAUAUUUUAAAGGAAAUAUCAGGCUUCUUCGUUACAUAUGCAUUCCUUAUAAUAGACAGUUGUAUCAUUAAAAGGGUCUGACUUCAACCAAAGCAUGAGGAUUUUUUAAAGGCUAUAGCUCUAUUUUUUUCCUAGUUGGCUCAGAUAGGCAAAAAUCUAUCAUAACAUUGAUUAACCUUUUUCUUUCAAGUUUCCUGAGCCAGAUUUUUUUGAUAGUGUCUAUCUGUUUAGGGCUCCCCUUCCUUUAAAUAUCUCAUUUUAUGCCUACAAAUACACUAAAUUGUGCCCAUGAUAAAAGGCAUUCAGUUAUAGUUAUACUGAAAAGCUGGUCUUUCCUCUCUAGAUGAUCUAUAAUAGUUUAUUACAAGAAUUUCAGUUCUGUAGUCCUUAGCUCUGAGUGGUUUGAGUUGAAUUGAUUUAUUAUAAUAAAUAUAUAUUUAUUUUUAAAACUUUUCAUUGCAUUUAGUCUUAAAAGUUAUACGUGAGGUUUAGAGAACCAUUUAUUUUGGAGAGAGAUAUAAAAUAUUCCUGGUUUUUAAAGGAAAAAUGCCUAUUUUCCAUUUUUUUGUUCAGUUUAAUGAUUUGCAGUUGAUAGAAGAAGAAAAUCUAAAAUAACCUGUUAUUUAGAGCAUGGCAGGUUGACAUCCUAAUGACAAUAAUUCUUACAUAUUUACUACAGAUACUCUCUUUGGUUAUACUUAGUAUAUCACUGACAGUUUCUGCAUAUGCCUUUCAAGAAUAUUUUCCAGUAGGUUAGAUGGCAAAAGUUGUUUUUUGUUUGUCCUUCAUUCUUGAAGAUGAGGUGAUGCUAUGGCAUACAAAUGAAUUCGAUUUAAAUGAGGGAGGGCCGUGCAAAGUCACCAGCCUCACUUUCCCUUCCAGAGCCAUCUGGCUCUAAUGGCAAGAUAGAGAUCAAGAUUAUUGGAGAUGGCCCUGGAUGGUGAGAAAUUUUGGCCUUUUAAAAACUAAGGUCUUUAAGAGGUCUCAGUUUGACUGAGGCAAUUGAUGACAAAAGUUUUAUUUUGGCGAAGUUACAAGGACAGAAAAAGUAGAUUGUGUGUGUCUACCAGACAAAAUAGAUACUAAAUUAACUUCCCCCUCCCCCCAAUUAUUGUGAACUACAGAUUUAAUCAGUUUGUUGCAUCAUGUUCUCAGUAAAACAAUGAUGUCCAUUUGUGACUAACUUUCAGAAUUUCUUUCUUUUUUUUUUUUUUUUUUUUUUUUUAACAGUCUGAUGCAUUGUAUCUUUCCCAUUCCUCUAUCAUUCCCAGGAGGCAUUACAUUUAAUGUAUACACUAGUCAUAAUGUAACUCCAAUCAUCCUACAUCUUCCUGUUCAUAACUGUAGAAUGAAGCAGUAAUAAUAGAUUUGAUAUUUUAUUAAGUCUAAAAAGAAGGGAAUGGCUAGCUAUAUUUUUCUGGAUGUGAAAAUUCUACACACUUUUAAACUGAUAAGGGUGUAUUUACAUGGCUGUUUUGAUACAUAUGAGAACUUAGGCUUGCUGCUUCAUGAGCAUUUGUGCCAGAAAUGUAAACUAAUUUUCAUAUCUUGUAUUUCUCAGAAACAAAAAAUAAAUGGGGAAUGAGGUUUACAGAUUUGAGGGUUUAUUUUUAUGCAUAUGGUGCUUUCUUUAAAUACUUGAGCACAAUAAAAAUGUUUGUGCUAUCAAA